GAGGCAUGCCAGACAGGCGUUGAAAGUUGCCUUGCAAAGAGAACACCCCCAUAUAUUCCUCGUGUUUUAACCCUCCACCAUUAACACAAGCAUUGUCUACCUAUCCUCUAUAUAUACACAUUUACAUCCAUAUCUCCAUCUCCAUCAAUCAACCUAACAUCUUUUAUUCCUCUCUUCUCACAACCAUAGCUUCAAUAUUCCUCACAAAACAUGUCCACUUCUUCCAUGCUUCUUGAUUCCGGCAAGUUUUCCGGCCAGAGGGCGGCUAGGGGAUCGUCUGAGAAGUCCAGCUUCUCGCAGACUUGCAAUCUGUUGAGUCAGUAUAUGAAGGAAAAGGGUGCUCUGGGAGACCUCAAGCCUGAGAUUUUCCGGCGGCCAGUGGGGCCUCCGACGACUAUGAAUCUGUUUCCGGCGGCUGAUAAGCCGGUGCAGGAGGCUCCGGUGAAGUCGGCGGCGGAAGGUGGGCAGAUGACUAUUUUUUAUGGGGGGCAGGUUAUUGUGUUUAAUGACUUUCCGGCUGAGAAGGCUAAGGAGAUUAUGAUGUUGGCCGGAAAAGGAAAGUCUAGUGGUCCAAGUAAUAUCGUUCAGAAACCAACUGAAGUUGCCAAUUUACAAAGGCCUCCUAGACCUACAAUAUCAGGUCUUCCGAUUGCCCGAACAGCUUCACUGACUCGUUUCCUGGAGAAAAGAAAAGACAGAAUUGUUGCACGAGCACCAUACGCCUCAUCGUCGGCGAAAGCUCCGGUGAAGCCAGCUGAAAACAAAUCUUGGCUAGGGUUAGCAGCACAAUCUCCGGUGAAAUUUGAACAAGCAUAGAAGCUGGGCUUAAUUCACAUUACAGAAUAUAUAUUAAUAUUAUGAAAUUAUUAAUAUUAUUACCUAGAAGAAGAUUUUACUCCUCUAUUUUUCGGUUAACUUAUAAAGUUAACUUUGUACUGGCUGGGACGCAAAAUUUUUGCUUUUUUCUGAUUGAAGAAACCCAGAUAGAUGAUCUAACUCAUUUUGUUAUUCAAUAUUGUAGUUUUAGUAUGUUUGUAAUUAAUAUGAAGGAGGAAAUCUCUGGUCUUUCUAUUUA